AUGCCCACCACUGCCAAGCAACUCUUAUCUAUCCCACUUCUGACGAUCGUCUUUUUGACUCCAUUUCUCUUGACAUGUGCUAAUGGAGUGUUCGAUCUUAUUGUAUCUGUUGCAUGUUACAACCUAUUUCUGCGCUUGUUUGAAUUUUAUUGGAUCAGCCCACUGCUGUACGGCAAACCUGCAUAUGCGCAUCCAGACUACUUGUACACCGAGUUCUGGUCCUCUCUCUGCAAGUUCCCCAAGCCAAGCAAGCACAAGAAGAAGGAUGACGAUGCAAAGCCAAAAGUUUACGUCAAAGACAAGAAAUGGUAUCACAUCGUCAUGUACUUGGCUUAUCACGCAGCCCUCUGCGAUGUGAUCGGUUCUUGGUUUACAACAUUCACCGGCAACGAUGUGAUCACCAUGCGCGAAGACCGCCCUCUUCUCUUUUUCGCCUUCUUGUUCAUCAUUGUGUUUGUCCUCAACAGUGCAUUCAACAUAUUCGGCUACUCGCUACAGCUAUUUCACUGUUUGUACUAUGACCGUGGCUCGUACUCAAAUGAUCAAUGGCGCUCACUAAUGAUAAACCCUAUCAUUUCCACCUCUCUGGAAGAACUCUGGUCCGUCCGCUGGCAUCAGCUUCUGCAUACUUCUUGGGUUGCAUUCGGCUUCCGCCCGGCCCGUUAUAUCACCCAACGCGCACUUGCCAAGACUGUCAAGAACCCUCUACCUUUUGCCCUGCUUGCGGGUACCUUGGCCGUAUUUGCCGUUUCAGGCUCAAUGCAUGAAUACAUGGUUUACGCCAACGUCGGCUGGUCCGUCUACUCGCGCUUCUUUGUUGGAAACCAGUUGUUCUUCUUUUUCAUCCACGGCGUUGGCAUGACCUUUGAGCGCAUUGUCGCCCGCUUUUCCAAAAAGCUUUUGCCUCCAGCUCUGCUCGAGUCGUUCUUGGUCAAGCAGAUCGUCCAACGCGCUUGGGUGAUCGGCUAUGCAUUUUUGACUUUCCCAUUUUUCCUUGAUGGAUUCGCUUACUGGGCCUUGUGGCAUGAUAAUCCAUUUGUCUUCACUCGCCCAUAUGUUCUGGAAUUUUUCCGCUCGAUACCCUUUGGUAAAGAUGUCUGCGGUAGUUUACUAUAG